UUUGCACCUGCCAUUUUUUUUCCAGAGUAAUGAGAGCCUCAUCUCAAACCAGUAGCACGAGGGUGCAGUAAAACAGGCCUGACCUGCGAAACCACCCUCACCCUCUUCGUCUCAAUGAAUCUUUCAUAUUCAAUAUCUUUCGAAAAUUUCUAAAGUGUCUCCUGCAAGAAAGAAAGACAGAGAAAGAUACACUUGAGAAGUCAAAGUGUGCAACGAAGAAAGAACAACGCUGCCAUCAGUAAGAAAGAAAAAGAGGAAAAAAGACAGAAGUAGAAGAAGGUGAAAGUAAGAGAGAGACGGACAGAGGGUGGGUGGUGGGGGGCUCUCGGCUUAAGAGAGAGGGAGAGAGAGGAGGUCGAAGGGAGUCGAGCGAGGAGAAUGACGGAUAGCCAGCAGCAGUUUUGCUUGCGUUGGAACAACUUUCAAGCUAAUAUCACCAGCCAAUUCGAGGCCCUCAGGGAUGACGAGGACUUCGUCGAUGUCACCUUAGCCUGCGAUGGUAGGCGUCUCCAGGCGCACAAGGUUGUCCUCUCCGCGUGCAGCCCUUACUUCAAGGAGUUGUUCAAGACAAACCCAUGCAAGCAUCCGAUAAUAUUUAUGCGUGAUGUGGAGUUUGAACACCUGCAGUCACUUUUGGAGUUCAUGUAUGCUGGAGAGGUUAACAUAUCUCAAGCAGAAUUACCUACAUUUCUAAGAACUGCUGAGUCUCUGCAAAUCCGUGGCCUCACUGACUCUCAAAAUAAUCAGCACAACAACGAAAAGCAUUUGAAAACAAACAACAUACACGCAUCAAAUGGCCGUGGGCUGAUCUCACCAAAUUUGGAGGAGGACCGUAGCAAAACUCCACCAACUUCAAGUCCUCCACCACUAAAAAGGCUGUGCAAACGAAGUGAUUCGCCUCAAAUAUCUAGUCCAGUACCAGCUGCGGCGGCCUGUGCAACUGGAACGCCACGCACACGGCCAUUAAUUGAGCCACAGGUUCAACUCGACUGUUAUAAAGAUCUCGAUAUUGUUGAGCCAAAAAUAGAAUUACCAGAAUAUGGAAGCGAUGAUGAUUGUUCUCCAAAGCAGGAGGUCAAUGCACUGCCAAGUGGUUUUCUUAGCCUUGAUGGUGGCAUGGAAGUUUUGCCAUCUUAUCCACCUUCUUAUCAAGGUGGAGGAGCAGGAGGAGGUGGAGGUGGAGGAGGGGGUGGUGGAUCACUGGAAGGUGGAAUGCCAGGACCAUCUCAUGCUGGUAAUACAGAGCUAAACCAAGAACAACAAGGUCGAAGGGUACGCCGCGGCAGGCCGCGGCUUGGAACAAGGGGUGGAAAACAUGGAUCCCCGUCUGUGCAGGGUAAUUCGCCAUCGAGGAGCGAAUGGCUACCCCUGGAUAUGAGAACUACACCUCCUGCUGCGAUGCCUGCUUUCCGUGGCUUCGAGGAAUCUGGGUCAAAUGGAACUGUGCACUUGGGGGAGGGAAUAGCAGUUUGCGAGGAACAACUAAGGGCUGUGAAAUGGAGUGAUUACAGAAAAUUGACCCGUGGUCUAGCUGCAAUUUUGUUCAGUCCCACCGAGUUGGCCACCUGCUCGGUCACAGGACAACGAUGGAGCCGAGCUGGAACUGCCACUGAAAGACCGGUGAAACCAGCGCUAGAUAAGGCCAAAGUACAGGCUAUCAUAUCCUACGUGACAUCGAGGUUUCCCACAGUCGACGUGAGCAGCGUGAAGCAAGUGUUGGCUUACAAGUGCAAGGAGAAUUCGACGGCACUCAAGAUGAAGUCUAUUAGAUACAUUUGUGAGAGACAGGAAACAGAAAGAUCACCGCGAGCAAAUCCCGAGGAUAAGUGAGAGGUGAUAGAGGUGCGUUGAACGUGCGGCCAUAAUCGAAGAACUUCGCAGCGUUCACUCGACACUGAGGGCCUCUUGCGACUUGCGACUAAACUUCUUGCUUCGUCCUCUCCCGGCUUCGGCACCUUCGAGUUACUCUUUUCGAUUAAGUUGGCUCGUCGUUUAAUUUAGCCGCGGUUUACAUCUCGUACCCCUCGACCAAGCUACUCGAAGGGUUUACUCUCGUUAGAAGCUUUCAAAGUUUCAAGGGAUCAAUAGCAAGUCGAGUUAUUUCGGAGAUUGUUUCUUCGUUGGAACAAUACCGAGACUAUUCGGCUCGCUAAAGCCGUUAUAGCAUCAAUUCGUUAAUCGGUUUACAACGUCGAAUCACACUGGCAUACGUGAUAGUUCGGCGAUUAGAAAUAUAACUUAAUACCUUCUGAUGCGCGAUACCUAGAGAAAACACUUCCCACGGUUCUCGCGUUACGUUCUCGAGCAACUUUACGAACUCCGUAAUUCUCCGAGUCGAUUAAAGACUCGCUCGAAUCAACGAAAUUACCUUCAACCGUGAAAAUCUUUUCUAAACCGACGCGAACUUUAACGUCUAUGCAUUCGUUUUGAAAAAUAACCGGAAAUAUUUACCUUUUGUCGUACAUAACCUCCAAUUUAUUGGUUAAAUGAUUUCCUUAUCUCGAGAGUGAAACACGACGCGUGAAGGCUAACAAA